GUGGAAGUCCAAUUUGUCAGAGUUAUAGUUGUUGAUCCGUUGUAUUUGAAAUAUGAAAUUCGUCACAAUCGCAGUUCUUGCAACUGUUGCUGUUGCAACUUUCGGGGAAGAGAUUCCACAUUUUUUAUCAGAUAAAUUUAUAAACUUUAUUAACAGCAAGAACACCACUUGGAAGGCUGGAAGAAAUGUUAAUAUCAACACUUCUAGCUCUCUAAUGAAACAACUAUUUACUACUCCUCCUAAAAAAGAAAUCAAGCAUACCUUGCCAACUAAAAUUCACUCUGUGGAUCUUAAAGCAAUUCCAGAAUCGUUUGAUGCCAGAGAAGCUUGGCCAGAAUGUGCGUCGGUAAUCGGAGAUAUUAAAGAUCAAGCAGGAUGUGUUGCUGGUUGGGCGUUUGCCGCCGUUGGAACAAUAAAUGACAGAAUUUGUAUUUACUCAAAUGCAACUAUAAAGACGAACAUUUCGGCUGAAGAUCUGAUUAGUUGCUGCAAUGACUGUAAUUAUGGUUGUACAGGUGGACUUUCGGUUGAAGGUUGGUAUUAUUGGUCCAUAAAGGGUAUUGUCACCGGUGGAAAAUAUGGCACAAAUGACGGCUGUAGAUCUUAUUCCUUUGAACCAUGUGAUCAUUAUGUUGAUGGUGCAUGUGAAUAUCAAAUAUAUACUCCUGACUGUGUAAAAGUUUGUGAUGAAGGGUCUUCUUUAAAUUACGAAUCUGAUUUAAAAACUGGUGCACCGUAUUACGUCGUACAAUCAGAAGCUCAAAUCCAAACUGAAAUUAUGAUUAAUGGACCUGUUGCAGCUUCAUUUGAUGUUUAUGAUGAUUUCUUGUCUUAUAAAAGCGGUAUAUAUCAACGACUCAGUAGCAGAUAUCUUAAAGGAGAAGCUGCUAAACUUAUUGGUUGGGGAGUGGAAGAAGGUGUUCCUUAUUGGUUAGCUGUAAAUUCUUUGAACGAGAACUGGGGCGAGAACGGCUACUUUAGGAUUUUACGUGGAUCAAAUGAAUGUUCCAUUGAGUCUGAACCACUUGCCGGUUUUCCGAAAUUUUAGAUAAUAAAUUGUAUAGUGAAAACUGCAGAAUGUUUAAGUGCAAAAUGUUAAUAUAGUUUGCCACAAAGUAAAA